UGUCGAUAUUAUGUACAAAGCAUGUAAACGUAUUGUCGCGUUGCAUGUUAAGAAGCGAAGAUUUUGGGAAGGCAUUUCUUUGGAAGCUAGGCUAGCCGGCUAGCUAACGACAUUAUUAUUACCACUGAACUUGCACUGUUUUGAAUACGCAGGGCCUGCUCAUAUGCAGCCAGCAUUUGGAGUUAAACUAGGUUGCUGGUUAUAUAGUUCUCUAAUUAACUGCUAUAUAUUUUACUUGACUUUACCAUUGAAGGAAAUACGCUGAUUUUAUAUCAGCAGUGCCAGCAAUUAGUUGGGUCUGGUUAGUCCAGUGACUUGCAGGUUAUCUGCUACAGCUAGCGUUAGCCCGUUAGGUUGUCAACCGAGGCUAACGAGGUAGAACUACUGCACAUUAGUCCACAGGUGGAGUGAGGACCGCGCCUGUGUGCUGCUGCAGUGCGGUGUGAGGAUGCUGCGCCGCAAGCCGACCCGUCUGGAACUGAAUCUGGAUGACACUGAGGAGUUUGACAGUGUGAAAAAGGAGCUGGAGAGCCGGAAGAAACAGAGAGACGAGGUGGAUGUUGUGGGCGUCGCUACGUCUGGUGAAAUGGGCGGGGCAACAGGUGGCAGCAACGAAGGAAAGACCCGCGAGCAAAUGAUCAACGAGCGCAUUGGCUACAAGCCCCACCCCAAACCCAACACCUUGCCUUCCCUCUUUGGAAACCUGCAGUUUUAGGCCCCUCAGAUGUCCUUCUGAAAGGCUAGAUGGAUCACCUGGACUGAACCCUUGCCCAAAUGGGCGAAAGGUGUUCAAAGUUUGCACAUAUUACUUAUUUUUACUUUUUUAAUGCUUCCUCGGUUUUUCUGAGGGCCUCAGGGGUCAUGUAGAGUUCUGAGUCAGUCUUGAUGUUCCAAACCUUUGCAGAACAUACUGAACAUGCUCCCAUACCUCUGUUUGUAUUGUCCUGUUUCCAUGUCAAAAUAGUCUUAACAGGCUGACGACUAAAAUGGAAUAAGUGAAUGUCAGAAUUUUUUUUUCCUUUUUAAAUGUACAAAUAAAAACCAAUGUGUA